AUGAAGGAUGUGACUGAUAGCGCUACGAAGCGCAACGUCAGUUUCUCGGAUGGAAAAAGACCAGGCAAAGCAACCCUCCCUAACAUGGACUUCGACUCCGGUCAAUACCGGGAUAGCUCUGUCAGGUCCGGUCUGAACCAGGUAGACGCCUCAAAGGCCGAUGUUUUCAACGAUACGUCAUCAAGAGGUGCAUCGUCAUCGCUUCGACAGCAGCUACCUUCGGCCCGGAGUCAGCGGAUUCGCAAUUUCCUUGAAGAUAUCGAGAGCGAGACCGCAGGACACCCGACCCCGACCAGAGUAUCCAAUGCAAUCAACAAGACACUAACCGAAUCCGACGAAUCUUUGGAAGCGUCGCAAGCUCAUACCGAAACUGAAUCGGACAGCGGACGGGUACAUGUCGCAUCACGACGUGAAUCGAGAAACGUAGGAAAUGCUACAUUUUUGACCGAAUGCUCCUUUGCUGUCUCGCAUGACAAGCUGGUUGAGAUCAUCACCGAGGUACAACCAUUUGAACCUUACUGGGAGGACUUGACGGCAAUCGACCUGUCCAAGCGAGGUGCAACCAGCGUAGCUAGGCUCAAGGAGUUCCUGCCAAAAUUGGACGAAGUUAACCUCAACGACAACGAGAUCAGCUAUUUGAGCGGAAUUCCAUCCACCGUUCGAACAUUGUUUGCUGCGGGUAAUAAGAUCAGUAGCCUCACGGCCAUCAACCACCUCAGCAACAUUCAAUACUUGGACUUGUCGAGGAAUGACCUUGACGGAGUCAGCGCUCUGAGUUGUCUACGACAUCUCCGGGAGAUCAAGAUCGACCACAACCGCAUCACCGAUCUUGGAGACCUUCUUCAGACGGAUUCUCUCGUCAAGAUGAGCUGCGUCGGUAACCGUAUCGCGGAGCUAGACCUGCGUCAAGCGAAAUGGCCCCGAUUGGAGACGCUCGAUUUGUCCGAUAAUGACAUUGCCGGGGUCUUUGCUCUGGAAAGAUUGGGCAGCUUGGUCACCCUGAAUCUGGAAUCGAACAACUUGACCGAGCUGGUGGUAGCAGAGCCCAUGCCGAGUCUGCGGAUCCUGCGUAUCUCGAACAACGACGUAGCAGAGGUCGACCUGUCAUCAUUCCCACGUCUACGAACGCUAUACGCUGACAACAACUCGCUGUCCGGACUGGAUCGAAGCAAUCCCCGGACGAUAUCAAGGCUGGAGAAUCUGAGUUUGCGGAAUCAACGGGGUAGAACCCUCCGACUGUUCUAUGAUGACUUGCGGGAUGUAAAGAGGCUAUACAUAUCUGGCAAUCCUCUGGCAAUCGACUUUUUCCCCUCGAAAGCGCUCUACUCGAUGGCGUAUCUCGAAGCCGCAGCCUGCAAGCUAUCUGACUGGCCGGUGGACUUUGCGCGACGCCUUCCGAACUUGCGCCACUUGAAUCUCAACUACAAUUUUAUCGAGGACCUAGCGGGACUUCGUGGGUUGCAAGGCCUGCGAAAAUUGUCCGUCAUCGGAGGCCGGCUCGGGACCGAUAGUACUCGCGGAGUGGUAGCGGACUUGCGCGAUUUAGGCACUCUAGAGAGCGUAGAUUUGAGAAUGAACCCUUGCACCCUCAACUUCUACCUCCCGGUCAUCGUCACCGAUACGGCCGCCUUUUGUGCGCUUCGUACGCAAGACGACCGGACCACUCCCGGCUCGCCCUCAUGGGCCAGCAUGGACGUCAACUUCCGGAGAAGCCUCCCGGACGAGUGGUACAGCAAACGAUUGAUCUACCGAGGUCUGGUCGCGAUGGCAUGCGGGGGUAUCCAAACCAUUGACGGAUUGCAGAUGUCCAAUGCCGAGCGGGCGAAAGCUGGACAGCUGGUCGAGUCCGCCUUGGCGGACGUAGUGUGA